AUGUGCCGGUCCGAAUCUAGUACAUGUUCGGUUACAGAUCAUUCUACGAGAUCCCGACAAGCAACUCAUGAGAUACUUGGUGUGUUAUACAAGGAUUUUGUUGGAGGAGUUGGACCAACCGUAUUACCAAUGCAUGUUGCUGAGGCUUUGAGGAAACAAUUUCAAAUUAAGAUUGAAUAUUGGAAGGCCUAUAGGACAUUAAGACAUGCUAGAAUUCUGGUCAGAGGCACUCCUGAAAGUGGAUAUGAACUACUUCCUGCAUACUUAUACAUGAUUAAGAGAGCAAAUCUUGGAACAUAUACACGACUUGAAGUUGAUGACGCUCAAAGAUUCAAGUAUUUGUUUAUAGCAUUUAGUGCAAGCAUCAACGGAUUUCUGUACAUGCGGAAAGUCAUGGUUGUUGAUGGCAUUUUUGCAAGGGAAAUACAAAGAGACACUUCUUACUGCCACAACUCAAGAUGUUGUGUGAUUCCUGAUGACGAAAGCCUUGUAAUUAUUUCUGAUAGACACCAAUCAAUCGUAAAAGCUAUUUCGACGGUAUAUCCGAAGGCUAGUCGUGGGAUAUGCACAUAUCAUUUGUAUAUGAAUAUAUUGGUCCGUUUUAGAGGCCGAGAGGCGUUUGCUCUAGUGAGGAAGGCAUCCAAUGCUUAUAGACUUGUUGAUUUUCAAGCCACAUUCGAUCAGAUCCAACAGUUACAUCCUAAACUUCAUAGUUAUCUCCAAAGAGCUGAUGUACGCUUGUGGACACAUGUGCAUUUUCCUGGAGAUAGAUAUAAUCUUCUUACAAGCAAUAUUGCUGAGUCGAUGAAUAAUGUUCUAUCUAAAGCUAGGAGUUUGCCUAUCGUACAACUGUUGGAAGUUGUGAGAGCCAUGAUGACAAGAUGGUUUUCAGAACGAAGGACUGAUGCCAUGAAGUUGCCAACUUCGCUUACCCGUGGAGUAGAAAAAUUGCUUGAGAGUCGUGUAGAAUAUGCGAGGAUGCUAACUGUUCAAGAUAUUGAAGCUGAUCAAGUGCAAGUGACAAAGGGAUCAUCAGUACAUGUUGUAAACUUGAGACACCUCAAGUGUUCAUGUCGUCGGUUUGACUUGGAGAAGCUGCCUUGUGCACACGCAAUAGCAGUGGCUGAAAGUAGGAACAUCUCCCGUAUUUCAAUUUCUCAUGCCUAUUUUCACAAGCUAUACUUGUUCAAUUCCUAUUCAACCGCCAUAAUGCCAAGGGAUUUUGCAUUACCAAUACCAGAAAGUGUUGCAACAGAAGUAUGUGCGCUACCUAUUCCGAAGCAACAACCAUGUAGGCCUAAGAAGUCAAGAUUUAAAUCAGUACUUGAAAAGAUGGCAUAA